AUGCAGUUCUCCCUGUUCGUGACCGUUGCCACGCUUGCCAGCUACGCAAGCGCCUUCACCGGCCAAAUGGCUGCCUCUGCCUACGAAGAAAACGAGGGUGGUGUUUUCCAGAUCAUCUAUCUCACCGACUACACCAGCGGCUCUACCUAUUCGGGUACUCUGUUUGGAGGAUUCGAUGGCUGCACAACCGGGGAAUGCAUUGUCGAUUUCUCUGAGACUAGCUCUGGUGGCUAUGAGUUUCAUGCUCUGAUGUGGCGGACAAGUGAUGGAUGCCACAAUAUUGAUUUCGAGGGUGCUUUGGAUGCUGGACAUGGGUACUGCUGUGGCUCACUGCCCUGUGACUUCACUGCUUAG